AACGGGCUCUCCGUGGCUAACCUGGUGGCGGGGCUCUCCUCCAUCCUCUGCAGCCUCAACAGGCAAUACCACCACUCGUGCUGGCUGCUGCUGGUGGUGGGUUCCCUGCUGGAUCUGGCCGACGGAGCCGUCGCCCGACAGCUCGACGCCUGCUCGGCGCUGGGUGCCAAGCUGGAUGAUUUCGCCGAUUUUACCACUUUCGGGCUGGCCACGGCGCUGCUGCUGCAGCCGCGGGGGGGCCUCGUGCGCGGCACCGCCGUCGUCAUGAUGUUCUUCAUGGUCGAUCGCGGUUACUACCCCCACGACAAGGUGCUGGAGUCACAGCGCUGGAAGAAAGUGGUUUACGCCGGAGGGGUGGUGGCCGUCCUCUUCUCGCCGGUGGCGGGGGGGGGCGG